AAAAAAAUUGUGUGGGAAAGAUUUUUUUCUUUUAUUCCAUGGAUGUAUAGUUUUGUCUAAACUAAUUGGGCAUCAGGUGUUGCCUGGGAUGGCUGAGCCCAGACAUGGGGGAACCUGACCCAGGGGUGUGUGGGGCGGAGACCCAGAGCCUCCCAGGACAGCUGUAGUGUGCUGCAGGGUGGGGGCUGUGCUGGGCUCUGGGUCACCACAAAGUCUGAGGCAUCCCAUGAAGGAGCUGUGACCCCUGGGCUCACCCAGCUACUACCCAUCCCUGGCACCUCCAUUCCCCAGGGAUCUCAACCAUGGCACCCCCAUUCCUUCUGUACUCCUCUCCCUUGGACCCCCAUCCCAGUACUGACAUUCCCCUGGGCAUCUCCAAACCCCAGGACCCCAUUCCCAAUGAAAUCCUAUCCCAUUCAUUACAUUCUCUACAACCCUCCUUUCCCCAGAACCUCGGUCCUCCCAGGACCCCCAUUCCCACAGGAUACCCCAUAUGCCUUGCAACCCAUCCCUGGCACGCCCAUCCCAUGACCCCAAAUCCCUGGAGCCCACAUUCUCCUGGGACUACCACCCCUGAGUCGCCCCAGCCCUGGGACCCCCAUUCCCAUGGAGCCCCAAUUCCCAGUGACUCUCCCUCCUCAGGACCCCCAUUCCCAGGGACCCCAUCCCUGGGAACCCCAUUCCAUGGGACAACCAUCCCCGGGUCCCCAAACCCCCUGAGCCCCCCACUCCUGGGAACCUCACAUCCCACAUUGUCUCAUCGACCCUCGUCCCCAUCCUGUCCCCACCCUGCCCAAAGCCUGUCCCCAGCUUGUGGCCACCCUGCCCCCACCAAGGGCCACCUACGCAUGAGGGCGAGACCUGACCUCGCUUCCUUCCCCUUCAUCCGAAGAGCCACCAGCCAGGGGAGCGGUGGCCACAGCAGCGAGUGACAGCCAGUCCACAUGGCUGGGGACACCGGGAUGGCUGGGAAGGUGGCGCUGCUCCUGUGGGCCCAGACCCUCGGCCUCGCUGGCUGGUGUCCCCUGUCACCCGCAGGUGCCCAGAACACCCAGCUCCUCGUGGAGCCCCCCUGGAGGCCAGCGGUGCUGUGGGACUGGGUGACACUGACCUGCCAGGGCUCGGGGACUGCCGGUUCCACCACCUGGUACAAGGACGGGCAGCGUUUUGGGCUGCAGGGACAUGAUCGCUUCAAGGUCAACACGAAAGGCAACUACUGGUGUGACAGACCCGGAACCGGGCUCAGCCCACCCAUCAAUGUUUCAGAGGACUUUCUGGUGCUGCAGGUGCCAGCGCGAGCGCUGCUGGAGGGGGACACGGUGACACUGCGCUGCCGGGGCUGGCGGAACAGCACAAUCACGUCGGUGUCCUUCUACCAUGAGGGGAAGGAACUGGGGGGGCUCCACAAUGGAACCCAGCUGUCCUUGUCCCUUCUGCAACUGAACCACAGCGGCCGCUACAGCUGCAAGGGCCAGAUGGACUACUGGGGAUGGAAGGAGUCAGCACCGGUGACAGUGACAGUGAAAGUGCAUGUGCCUGUGGCCAAUGCCACCAUCACCCCCAGUCCCCUGGCACACCAGGUUCAUGCAGGUGACCCCGUGACCCUGCGCUGCUCGGUGCAGGUGGGCUCAGCCCCUGUCACCUUCAUCUGGCUGCACAACGGGCAGGAGGUGGCCCGGGGUCCCCUCCUGGAGCUUGGGGAUGUCGAUGUGGGACAUUCAGGCACCUACCAGUGUGUGGCCACCAACCAGCUGGGACAGGACGGGCACCGAGUGUUCUGGACACCCAGCUCAGAGCUGACCCUGGAGGUGACGCCUCGCUCAUCCUGCAUAAAAGUUGCCACAGGGAUUGGUGGGGCCCUUUUGUUCCUGCUCCUGCUCGUGGGUGUCAUUGUGGCCUGCCACCGGUGGCACCGUGUAGAUGCCAGGAAGCACCAGGAAAGGUGAGUGCAGGCUCCAGCCAUGAUGCACCUCUUUCCCAAACACCCAGGACCUCCCAUCCCCUUCCACACACCCCCUUAUUCCCACAGGGUUCCCCCAGACCCCCUGGCACCCCCAGUGGAGGAUCAUCAGGCAACGUACAUGAAGCUGCAGAGGCAACCGUGGGAACCCAGCGACAUCUAUGACAAUCUACAACAAAAGUUAUGACUCUCUGGGAGACCCUGGGUGACACUGGGGGUGCUCCCUCCAUGGCUCCUGUGGUUGCCCAUCCUUCCAAGGGAGGUGGGCAUGGCUCAGAGGGAGGACACCCAGGGCACCCUGUGCUCCCCAUUUCCUCUCCCAGUGAUAGUAAAAGGUUUUUAAAUCAUAGAAAAUUCAGGGAGUUGGAAAGAAAAGCUAGACUUAGUGGGCCCUGGGAAAAUGUUAAAAGUAGGCCCUGAGAAAUGUAGGCUUUGUGUUUGCAUGUGAAAUUGCACCUGCGUAACCAGCAUAUGAUAAAUGAUAUAAUUCUUAGAUGUAGUGAUUGUUUAUUAAUUAAAUCUAAUUAUUGUUUAAUCAUGCUAGGAAUCAUGAGAAAACUAUGUUAGAAGUUUGAGGGGGGACCAUGAGAAACCCAUGCUUGGAUGAAAUCAAUGUAUACAAUACAACAAUGUAAGUUUAAUAAUUAAUAUGAAAGUUAUAUCACGAUAGAAUAUAAAAUCAUGUUCAUCCUGAACCCAUGUCGGAGUCAGAUUUGGGUUUGUACCCCAGAAACCCAGAGCUCUUCAGUAAAAACACCUGCAUAUAA